AUGUGUCGUCCGUAUUCCAUUCCUCCCAUGCUGUCCAUGCUGCAGAGAGCACCAGGCGGCCAAUCCGCAGGUUCCAGUAACGCGGGCUUCACGGGGACGAGCGGGCUGUCGAUUCAGUCCGGUGGUGCACCACCAUCCACGCAAUCCGGUUUUCCGUUCUCACAGCCGCAGUCCGUCGGCCUCUCGGGGUCAGGAGGCCAGGCAUCCGUUGCAGCGCGGGAGCUGAUUGUCAAUGUCCAACCGCUCGUCUUCAUCCUCACCCUCAUGUUUCUCCUCAUGCUUCUCAGCUUCCCUCAAGCUUCAGAGUUUCUGCUGUGGGUGUUCAUCGGAGCGUUUGUAGCAGCCAUGCUGCGAGGACUCUCCCUCUACCGCCAUCUCGCCGACCAAGCCAGAGCUCAUCGGGCCUUUGCCCGCCUCCUCGGCCUUCCCCCUUCCUCCACCUCCUUUCUCCUCUCUAAUCCAUCUGCGCUCGCCUCCCCUUUCCCCCCCUUUGGCCCGCCGUUCUCGAGUCUCCCCUUCCAGCCUGCAAGGGGUGCAGCAGUCCCUCUCUCCGACCUCCCCUCCUUCCCCUCUCUCUCCCCCUUCCCCGCCUUCCCCUCGUCCCUCUCCCCUUCCAUCUCCCCGUCCUCAUCCUCUGGAAACCUCAGCCAAUCCACGUCAGCAGCGGCCAGAUCAGCAUCCGCAUCAGCUCCAGCUGGAGCUGAGUCAGCAGCAUCUGAUUCUGCCGCCCAGCGUAUGCACAUGCAACAGCCACAGGCACAGGCACUGUCAGAGCUCGGUGGGGAGUGGUUUGGAGCGGGGGAGAGGGGUGGAAGGAUGGAGGACGGGUCGUUGCUUGCUGCAAGAAUAGCUGGCGCUCAUGCACAGGGAGCUGCAGGCAUCAGGUGGGGGGGUGGCUUCGAAUCGACCUCCUCGCCUUCUUUUGAGCCCUGGUGUUGA